CCCGCCCUUCCGGUCUGGUCUCCGGAAGAGGAAGUGUCCGCGCGACGCCCACUUCCGGCCGGGCCCCCAGAGGCAGCAGCAGGGCAGACGACUAUCUCUAGCAUGACAGGCACGGAGAUUCCACCUGCGUUUUGACCAUGAAGGAGACAGACCGUGAGGCUGUUGCGACAGCCGUCCAGAGGGUUGCUGGGAUGCUUCAGCGCCCGGACCAGCUGGACAAAGUGGAGCAGUAUCGUAGAAGAGAGGCACGGAAGAAGGCCUCUGUGGAGGCCAGAUUGAAGGCCGCGAUCCAGUCGCAGCUGGACGGCGUGCGCACGGGCCUCAGCCAGCUCCACAACGCCCUGAAGGACGUCGGGGACAUCCAGCGCUCGCUGGCCGAUGUCAGCAAGGACUGGAGGCGCAGCAUCAACACCAUUGAGAGCCUGCGGGACGUGAAGGACGCUGUGGUGCAGCACAGCCAGCUGGCCGCUGCCGUGGAGAACCUCAAGAACAUCUUCUCAGUGCCCGAGAUCGUGAGGGAGACGCAGGACCUGAUCGAGCAGGGGGCGCUCCUGCAAGCCCACCGGAAGCUCAUGGACCUGGAGUGCUCCCGGGACGGGCUGAUGUACGAGCAGUACCGCAUGGACAGCGGGAACACGCGUGACAUGACCCUCAUCCACAGCUACUUCGGCAGCACGCAGGGGCUCUCCGACGAGCUGGCCAAGCAGCUGUGGAUGGUGCUGCAGAGGUCGCUGGUCACCGUCCGCCGCGACCCCACCCUGCUGGUCUCAGUUGUCAGGAUCAUUGAAAGGGAAGAAAAGAUUGACAGGCGUAUACUUGACAGAAAAAAGCAAACCAGUUUUGUUCCUCCCGGGAGGCCCAAAAAUUGGAAAGAGAAAAUGUUUGCCAUCCUGGAGAGAACCGUGACCACGAGAAUUGAGGGCACACAGGCAGACACCCGGGAGUCGGACAAGAUGUGGCUCGUCCGCCACCUGGAAAUCAUACGGAAGUACGUCCUGGAUGACCUCAUCGUUGCCAAAAACCUGAUGGUUCAGUGUUUUCCGCCCCAUUAUGAGAUUUUCAAAAACCUCCUGAACAUGUACCACCAAGCCCUGAGCACGCGGAUGCAGGAGCUUGCGUCAGAGGACCUGGAAGCCAACGAGAUCGUGAGCCUCCUGACCUGGGUGCUGAACACUUACACGAGUGUGGAGAUGAUGGGGAACGUGGAACUGGCCCCAGAAGUGGAUGUUGGCACCCUGGAGCCUCUGCUCUCCCCACACGUGGUCUCUGAGCUGCUCGACACGUACAUGUCCACGCUCACUUCCAACAUCAUCGCCUGGCUGCGGAAAGCACUAGAAACAGAUAAGAAAGACUGGGCCAAGGAGACGGAGCCUGAGGCCGACCAGGACGGGUACUACCAGACGACGCUCCCCGCCAUCGUCUUCCAGAUGUUCGAACAGAAUCUUCAAGUUGCUGCUCAGAUAAGUGAAGAUUUGAAAACAAAGGUACUAGUUUUGUGUCUUCAGCAAAUGAAUUCUUUCCUAAGUAGGUACAAGGAGGAGGCGCAGCUGUACCGGGAGGAGCACCUGCGGGACCGGCAGCGCCCGCACUGCUACGUGCAGUACAUGAUCGCCAUCGUCAACAACUGCCAGACCUUCAAGGAAUCUAUAGUCAGUCUGAAAAGGAAGUAUUUGAAGAAUGAAGAGGAGGGCGUGUCUCUGAGCCAGCCGCACAUGGACGGGGUCCUGGACGCCAUCGCCAAGGAGGGCUGCGGCGGGCUGCUCGAGGAGGUCUUCCUGGACCUGGAGCAACAUCUGAACGAGCUGAUGACAAAGAAGUGGCUGUUGGGGUCAAACGCCGUGGACAUCAUCUGUGUCACCGUGGAAGACUAUUUCAACGAUUUUGCCAAAAUUAAGAAGCCGUAUAAGAAGAGGAUGACGGCUGAGGCACACCGGCGCGUGGUGGUGGAGUACCUGCGGGCCGUCAUGCAGAAGCGCAUUUCCUUCCGGAGCCCCGAGGAACGCAAGGAGGGUGCCGAGAAGAUGGUCAGGGAGGCAGAGCAGCUCCGCUUCCUAUUCCGGAAGCUGGCUUCGGGGUUUGGAGAAGACGCGGACGGUCACUGCGACACCAUCGUGGCCGUCGCAGAAGUGAUCAAGCUGACGGACCCUUCCCUGCUCUACCUGGAAGUCUCGACUCUGGUCAGCAAGUACCCAGACAUCAGAGAGGACCACAUCGGCGCGCUGCUGGCCAUGCGCGGGGACGCCAGCCGGGACAUGAAGCAGACCAUCAUCGAGACCCUGGAGCAGGGCGCGACCCAGACGAGUCCCAGCUAUGUGCCGCUCUUCAGGGACAUUGCCGUGCCCAGUCUGAACGUGGCCAAGCUGCUCAAGUAGGCGUCUGCCCAGCCCCAGGGGGUGGGGUCCCGGUUCCUCGCGCCCGUCUCUCUGGCACCGAAACCUGUUGUCUGAGGUGCGUGGAGUGAUAUCCUGGUGGCCGCAGUGCCAGAGGCUCCCGCGUGUUUGUGUGAGGCCCUGCGUGGGCCGGAUUCUGCUGCAAACCCCGUGGCGGUCGUGGAGGGAGGGACGCAUCCCGCCUGUGCGGACACCCUGACCUCUGCUGAAAUUAAAGUCUCAUCCUCCCCAGA